GCUUAUUUUGAUUUUUCUAGGCCACGUAUAUGUAGGACGUUCAAGACCUAAACAUGACAGACUCCAGAAUCGAAAGAGUAAAAUCUCACAUUUCAAAGCAUCCUGACUUUCCAUUACCUGGAAUCUUGUUUCGAGAUAUUUUCCCAGUUUUACGGAACCCAGAAGCGUUUAAUGACCUUAUGGACGUGAUGGUAGAGUUUGUGAAGGAGAAGGCCCCCGGGGUGGAGGUGAUCGUAGGGCUGGAAGCCAGGGGGUUUCUUUUCGGACCCAUCAUUGCUCAAAGACUUAACUGCAGCUUUGCACCAGUCCGGAAGAAGGGUAAAUUGCCCGGGGAGACGGAAAGGGUUACUUACACAAAAGAAUAUGGAACGGAUGUCUUUGAGGUCCAGAAAGAAGCAUUCAAGCCCGGACAGUCUGUCGUAAUUGUUGACGAUCUCUUGGCAACAGGAGGUACAAUGAAAGCAGCCUGUGAAUUAAUUGAAAAAGUGGGCGCCAAAGUGACACUAUGCCUGGUGGUGAUAGAACUGAAAGAUUUGAACGGACAAGGAAUACUGUCCCAGCCUUGUUACUCUCUCAUUCAAUAUUAGUUGUUAUACUAAUAUAACAAGGAAAA